CCGAUCUCCAAUUAGGUUUUUUGGUCCGCUGCACAUUACAAAGGUAUGAUCUCUAUAUGGUAUUUUAUAUUACUUUUAUCCUGGUAUCCAAGAACAAAACAAUCCAUCCAGCGGAUCCUACGCAUUAUAGGGCGAUAUAGGCCAGCCAUGUCGGGGCGAAGACGAAGAAACACGAGUAGGCUCGUGCCCAACAACCGGUGCGGGCGAUACAGAAAAGGGGCGGAGAUCGGUCGGACGGAAACACGAAAACAGUCGAAACACAACGAGGAAAACACGAAUCAACACGCCAACGACACGGGGGCCAAAGCGAGCGCGCGGCCAGAUCGGGGCCGCGUCCAACCGGAGAACAUCCUGAAGAGCGACGAAGAAGCUGGCAUCCUCCGAAGACCACCCUGCUGCUGCUGCUCUGCUGGGGAUCUGUCCGCCGACCAAGAGUCAUCCGAGGCGGUACUGCCACGGAACGAAUCGCUGUCUGAUGAACUGUCGGUGUCGGUCUCGGUCCGGAGGAGACAACGCGGCCGACUUGAGCGUUGCACCGAAGCGAUCUUGGAGGAUGCGCUGGAUGUUGACGCCCGCCCUGGAGUCGAAGCUGUCCGCAGACGCGUCGCUAGCCGUAGAAGAGCUGCUCGCGGACGCAGGCAACACCGAAACCGUCUCUGUCCGCCCGGAACGAUCUUCAAGAAUGCGCUGGAUGUUGGCGCCGGCAACCGAAUCGAAGCUGUCCUGGGACCAGUCGGUGGCGCAGGUCGAAGUACUCUCGGACACCUGCAGCGCUGCGAUCUUCUCACUCGUCGCUGAGUACCAAAGUCGGGAGAAAGCCGCCGGCUUGAGGGAUGCCGUGUCGAGCGAGGCCUCGAUGAGCGCACAGACGGGCAAGACGGGCUUGGCGACUUUCGGGACGGGGGCGACCACAGGAACUCCGACGCAAGAACCAGCAACAGGGGCGGCGACGACCACAGCAGGAGCAGAAGGCCGGACUGGAGGGACAUCGACCACCGAGGCAGCAACGACCACUGGGGCGACAGGCCGAGACUGGGGCUUCUCAGGCACAAAUUUACGCAUGAGGCAGCGUAAUCCGCGCUGGGGGCUGGCGAACGACCGAGAGACGAAGCCGAAGGAGCUAUCCGAGCGAGACAUCGCAGCUGGGAACGGGCAGACGCGAAUCGUGGACGGAACCUCGGCAGCGACGGGAACCCAGGGAGCAGGGACCUGGUGACGGGCCAGCUUCUUCCAGUUGACGCCGGUGAAGUAGCGGUGCUCCUUGAGCUGUGCGAGCGUGAGCCGAGUCUCGCGGUUGUGGUCGAGGAGGCCCUGGAUGACCGCUUUGAGGUCGACAUCGACAGUCGCGAGUUCCGGUGACUCAGACGAAGGCAUCUGUUGGUUUAAACGCGUCAGAGACAGCAGCAACACACAUCAAGAAACUUACAGCUCCCGUUGCCAGUUGAUGAGCGAUUACCCCCAACGCGAAGAGAUCAGCAUCGAAACUGUACGGCGUGCCCUGGACCUGUGCGGGUGCCAUGUAACCUGGGGUUCCGCACCGCUCUCUGGUGACACCGACUACCUCGUCCAUGGUCUGCUGGAAGAACGAACCACAGUCUGCAUCCGCCGCAGCAUCAAAGACAAUCUCAACAGGCUCGUCGUUGCCGUGCAUGAAGGACCCGGGCAGGUGCUUGGCGAGAGAAAGGCCACCGAGGACGAUGUUGCCGUCUUCAGUGAAGAAGAUGUGGGCGGGCUUGAGGUUGCGGUGGACGAUGUGCUGAGCGUGAAGAGACUCGAGCGCCGUGACCUGAC